CCAGCCGGGCCCGGCCCGCCGCCACCAUGGAGCUGGAGGACGGCGUGGUGUACCAGGAGGAGCCCGGCGGCUCGGGGGCCGUGAUGUCGGAGCGCGUGUCCGGCCUGGCCGGCUCCAUCUACCGCGAGUUCGAGCGGCUCAUCGGGCGCUACGACGAGGAGGUGGUGAAGGAGCUGAUGCCGCUGGUGGUGGCCGUGCUGGAGAACCUCGACUCGGUGUUCGCGCAGGACCAGGAGCACCAGGUGGAGCUCGAGCUGCUGCGGGACGACAACGAGCAGCUCAUCACCCAGUACGAGCGCGAGAAGGCGCUGCGCAAGCACGCCGAGGAGAAAUUCAUUGAAUUUGAAGAUUCUCAAGAACAGGAAAAAAAGGAUUUACAGACCCGAGUGGAAUCUUUAGAAUCUCAAACAAGACAGCUUGAACUCAAAGCAAAAAACUAUGCUGAUCAGAUUAGCAGACUUGAAGAAAGAGAAGCUGAACUGAAGAAGGAAUAUAAUGCAUUACAUCAAAGGCACACUGAGAUGAUCCAUAAUUAUAUGGAACACUUAGAAAGAACAAAACUUCAUCAACUCACAGGGAGUGAUCAGCUGGAGUCCACAGCUCAUAGUAGAAUCAGAAAAGAACGCCCUAUCUCAUUAGGGAUUUUCCCAUUACCUGCUGGAGAUGGAUUACUUACACCGGAUACUCAAAAAGGUGGGGAGACCCCUGGAUCAGAACAGUGGAAGUUUCAGGAAUUAAGUCAACCACGUUCUCAUACCAGUCUCAAGGAUGAACUCUCUGAUGUGAGCCAAGGAGGAUCGAAAGCUACCACUCCAGCAUCACUUGCCACUUCAGAUGUGGCUGUGAUUCCUACAGAUACUCCCUUAAAUGAAGAUCAUGAAGACUUUGCAAAGGCUGCAGAUACACCAAAUAAGUCAGAGAUAAACAAACACAUUGAAGUACAGGUAGCCCAAGAUACUAGAAAUGUGUCAACUGGCUCUGCUGAAAAUGAAGAGAAAUCAGAAGUUCAGGCAAUCAUUGAAUCCACCCCUGAGUUGGAUAUGGACAAAGAUCUCAGUGGAUAUAAAGGCUCAAGCACUCCUACCAAAGGCAUUGAGAAUAAAGCUUUUGAUCGAAACACAGAAUCUCUCUUCGAAGAACUGUCUUCAGCUGGCUCAGGCCUAAUUGGAGAUGUGGAUGAAGGAGCAGAUUUAUUAGGAAUGGGUCGUGAAGUUGAAAAUCUUAUAUUAGAAAAUACACAGCUCUUGGAAACCAAAAAUGCCUUGAAUGUUGUGAAGAAUGAUUUGAUAGCCAAAGUGGAUGAGCUGACCUGUGAGAAAGAUGUGCUGGAAGGGGAACUAGAGGCUGUGAAACAAGCCAAAUUGAAACUCGAGGAAAAGAACAAAGAAUUGGAGGAAGAGCUGAGAAAAGCUCGUGCAGAAGCUGAAGAUGCAAGACAAAAAGCAAAAGAUGAAGAUGAUAGUGAUAUUCCUACAGCCCAAAGAAAACGGUUUACUAGAGUAGAAAUGGCCCGCGUUUUGAUGGAGAGAAAUCAAUAUAAAGAGAGAUUGAUGGAGCUUCAGGAAGCUGUUCGAUGGACAGAGAUGAUUCGAGCAUCAAGGGAGAAUCCAGCCAUGCAGGAAAAAAAAAGGUCAAGCAUUUGGCAGUUUUUCAGCAGACUUUUCAGCUCUUCAAGUAACACUACCAAGAAGCCCGAACCCCCUGUUAAUCUGAAGUAUAACGCACCCACCUCUCAUGUUACUCCUAAUGUGAAGAAAAGAAGCAGCACCUUAUCUCAGCUCCCUGGAGAUAAAUCCAAAGCUUUUGAUUUCCUUAGUGAAGAAACUGAAGCUAGCUUAGCUUCACGCAGAGAACAAAAGAGAGAACAGUAUCGUCAAGUAAAGGCACAUGUUCAGAAGGAAGAUGGGAGAGUUCAGGCUUUCGGCUGGAGUCUGCCUCAAAAGUAUAAGCAGGUAACCAAUGGCCAAGGAGAAAAUAAAAUGAAAAAUUUACCUGUACCUGUCUAUCUCAGACCUCUAGAUGAAAAAGAUACAUCAAUGAAGCUGUGGUGUGCUGUUGGAGUCAAUUUAUCAGGUGGAAAGACCAGAGAUGGUGGCUCUGUUGUUGGAGCAAGUGUUUUUUACAAAGACAUUUCUGGUUUGGAUACAGAAGGCAGUGAACAGAGAAGUGCAUCUCAAAGCAGUUUAGACAAGUUAGACCAGGAGCUAAAGGAACAGCAGAAGGAAUUGAAGAAUCAAGAAGAAUUAUCCAGCCUAGUCUGGAUCUGUACCAGCACUCAUUCAGCCACAAAAGUGAUCAUUAUUGAUGCUGUUCAGCCAGGCAACAUCCUUGACAGUUUCACCGUUUGCAACUCCCAUGUUCUUUGUAUAGCGAGCGUGCCAGGAGCACGAGAAACAGAUUACCCUGCAGGAGAAGAGCUCUCAGAAUCUGGACAGGUGGACAAAGCAUCUUUGUGUGGGAGUAUGACAAGCAACAGCUCAGCCGAGACAGACAGUCUGCUGGGGGGCAUCACUGUGGUUGGUUGUUCUGCAGAAGGGGGGACAACAGCUGCCACUUCCCCUAGUACCAAUGGUGCUUCUCCAGUGAUAGACAGGCCACCAGAGAAAGAAGCAGAAAAUAGUGAGGUUGAUGAAAAUGUUCCAACAGCAGAAGAAGCUACUGAAGCCACAGAAGGCAAUUCGGGGUCAGCAGAAGACGUAGUUGUGGACACAGCACAGACUGGUGUUUACACAGAACAUGUCUUUACAGAUCCUUUAGGAGUUCAGAUCCCAGAAGACCUCUCUCCAGUGUACCAGUCAAGUAGUGCCUCAGAUGUGUUUAAAGAUCAAAUAUCAGUAUUGCCAACUGAACAAGACCUGGUAAGAGAAGAAGCCCAGAAAAUGAGUAGUCUUUUACCAACUAUGUGGCUGGGAGCUCAGAAUGGCUGUUUAUAUGUUCAUUCGUCUGUAGCCCAGUGGAGGAAAUGUCUUCAUUCCAUUAAACUCAAGGAUUCAAUUCUCAGUAUUGUACAUGUGAAAGGAAUUGUGUUAGUGGCCCUGGCUGAUGGCACCCUAGCAAUCUUUCACAGAGGAGUUGAUGGGCAGUGGGAUUUGUCGAACUAUCACCUGUUAGACCUUGGGCGGCCUCACCAUUCUAUUCGAUGCAUGACUGUGGUACACGACAAAGUCUGGUGUGGCUACAGGAACAAAAUCUAUGUGGUACAGCCAAAGGCCAUGAAAAUAGAGAAGUCAUUUGAUGCACACCCCAGGAAAGAGAGCCAAGUGCGGCAACUUGCAUGGGUUGGUGAUGGUGUGUGGGUCUCCAUUCGCCUGGACUCCACACUUCGUCUCUAUCAUGCACACACGUAUCAACAUCUCCAGGAUGUGGACAUUGAACCUUACGUAAGCAAAAUGCUAGGUACUGGAAAACUGGGCUUCUCCUUUGUGAGGAUAACUGCUCUUAUGGUGUCUUGCAAUCGGUUAUGGGUGGGGACAGGAAAUGGUGUCAUUAUCUCCAUCCCACUGACAGAAACCGUAAUCCUCCACCAGGGACGUUUACUGGGGCUGAGGGCAAAUAAGACCUCAGGAGCAUCAGGAAAUCGUCCUGGAAGUGUCAUUCGUGUGUAUGGUGAUGAAAACAGUGAUAAAGUGACUCCAGGGACAUUUAUACCUUAUUGCUCAAUGGCACAUGCACAGCUUUGCUUCCAUGGGCACAGGGAUGCUGUGAAGUUCUUUGUGGCAGUUCCAGGCCAAGUUAUCAGCCCACAAAGUGGCAGUAGUGGCACAGAUUUAGCAGGUGACAAAGCGGGGCCAUCUGCACAGGAACCUGGCAACCAGCCGCCCUUGAAGUCUAUGCUUGUCAUCAGUGGAGGGGAAGGCUACAUUGACUUCCGCAUGGGUGAUGAAGGUGGAGAAUCAGAACUUCUUGGAGAGGAUCUUCCACUAGAACCUUCUGUUGCCAAAGCAGAAAGAAGUCACUUGAUCGUAUGGCAAGUGAUGUAUGGCAAUGAGUGAGCCGGUAGCAAAAAAGUUGGAGAUGGGAAGCUCUUUCUGCAUGGUUUCUUUUUCCCUUUGCCCUUUUAUUUAAUGCUCUCUUAGUGAGGACUUUCACCACAUAAUGCGUGAGCAUUUUUUCCCUGUUAACUUUCUAUUACAAAAUAUGUCCUACUGUAACAACACAGAACUAGCUGUUUUACUGCACCAGUAUUAUAGGAAAUUUCAGUAUAUUAUGAACAAAUCAAAAAAUGUUUACUUUCUGCAAACUGGUGAAUUAUAGAAAGCAAUCCAAAUGUGGUCAUUCUGCCACAGCUAAUGUCACUCACUUCGUUUGAAAGGAUCACUUUUUGGCUAUUACUAAUAAUGGAAUUAAUGGAUACGCUUGAUAAGUGAAGCUGUACUAUAAGUACAAUAGUAGAGUUUUCCCCCAAAGUCUUCUAGGAUUGACGCAAACUAAUAUCAGGUGGAUUGUUAGGAUUUAUCUAAAUGUCCCAAGAGGGCAUUUAAAGCUAACUGUAAAUUACUUUAACUUUCACUUUCAGAUCUGACAAAUCUUGUUUAUAGGGUUAUAUAAAACUUUGUUUUCAUCAGAUGGGGGAGGUUUUUAUAUUAAAGAAAUUAAGUCUACACUAUUUAAAUAAAAAUUUCCUGUUUCUGACUUAAGAGCUCUAGUUUAUGAGGCUUGCUUCUGCAUACUCUGAAUUUCUUUUAAUUACUCUGGCUCAUUUCCAUAUUGACAUAUUUGAAAGGCUUGUUAUUUCUGAAGAAGAUAUGCCUCAGCAUCGGGAGUUUUUCAUUUUUGUGUGUGUGUGUUUUUUUUAAUGGAAAACACAUUUUGAAAUUUUUUGUACCAGCAGAUGGUGGUGGUUAGCUGACUUUUUUUUUCCAUGUAAAAUCUUAUUUCUUUACUCAUUCUUAGGCUGCUUGGGUAAAGCUGCAUUGGGGAUGGGGUUAGCCUGGCAUUGUAGGGAAUAUAGAUAGAAUUGAAUUAUCAAUGUUACUUCCUCACGUUCUAUAUAAAAACUACAAAACAUCUGGCACUUGAUAUUUAGUAUGUAAAUGGCACAUUUAAGCUUUUGUGUCCUUUUGAUAUUAAAAUGUCAUCUCCAACGAGGAAAAUGAUGAAGGGGGAAAAGCCAAGAUGCCACGAAGUAAAUGUUAACUCCAUCUUUUCACUCACAGCACCAUUACAGCUCCAUAUCAGAGAUUACCUUGAUUUUAUUGUUUUUUGAGUUUUUGUUUUGUUUUGGGGCCACACACCUGGCAGUGCUUGGGGCUGGUGUUCAGGGAACUAUGGCUGCCCAAGGCUCCAGCAUGCUCUUCAAGUUACCUUUAAAACAAGUUAAGAUAUCUCCUUGGUCUUUACUGUGUUUUAAAAAUCAUUGUUCUGCUAGUCUUUUUCCCCCCUCUCAAAUUUUAUGGAAAUGUCUUAUCUAUCAUUUCUUAGACAGUACUUGAAGCAAACUAAAUAUCAAUUUAAGUGCUAAUUAAAAAUACAAACCUACGGUAUAAAGGCUCUCUAGUCAUCAGAAAGACUGCUUCAGAGCAAAGUCUUCAUACCAUUAAAGCCUUCUUGGGUACUAGGCGUUUGGUUUCUGACCUGUCAUGCAAAGAUAUUUUUAAAAAGUACUCUAGUGUCUUAUACGCAUUUAUAUGAUUAGGUUAGAAUUUUUUAAAUGGAAUUUAAUGAGCCGGAGGAAGCCUUUGGCUACAUGUGUCUAUAUAUAAGCACAUUGUAUACAUGGUAAAAAUUGUGGCCACUUUGGAUGGCUAGAUAAAAUAAAGUUUUCAUAAAAAUUGUAUUAAAAGAAUAGUUUCUUGCUUUGAGUCACUUUUCUUCUGGCCAUCAAAUCAUAGGCCAUCUUCCCACCACUUAAAGCUAUGAUUUUAUUUUAAAUCAGAGUGAUUUUUGGUAAUACCAUAGAAAAAACAUUAUUAAAUAUUUUUGGGGAAUGUUGUAGAACUUUACAAGAAAGAGACACCAAAGUGUGGGAAUCUUAACUCUGAGUAGCAGACGUCCCAGAGGGAGACUCCAUUUGCUGUUCAGAUUUUUUUUUACAUGUUUGUACGACCGAAUGUAAUUGAGCAAAUCAGGAGUUAAACUGAAAAAUGCAAACAGAUUAUGAUAACUGUAACUGUUCUUUUAAAACUUACUGGCUUUAAGUUAAGGAAGAUAGAGGCGUGUGGUUAUUUUAUAUAAAACUGACAGACUGUCUGUGGUCCUGUUCAUUAGCAUCAGGGACUAGAGAGAGUAUAAAAGCAUCUGUACAAUUGAUUUUAGGGGCUUGUCUUUAUGUUUGUAACUUCUGUUAAAUAUUGUCUACAGAUUGCUUUACUUCCUCCCUUCUAUGCCUUUCUCCCCACCCUUUCCCCCACAUCUCCAAAUGGAUUUAUUUCUUGUGAAGUUCACUUUGGUCAAGGUGAUAACCUUUGGAAGAAAAUGCCAAAAUGGCAAGCUGCUUAUAGGCAGGAAAAAAAAAAUGAUGUGAACUACCUGUAGCUCUCAUGUCAAGGGCAGAGUAGAGGCUUAAGUACCUCAAGUUGAUCUCUCCAUGUAAAAGAAAGUUAUACCUGUUGGAAGAAAUAAGGAAUGCUGGAGAAUUCUGGUUUUGUUAUUUUGGGGUUUUAUAUAUAAGGUUGAGCCACGUGAAGUUGCUACUGUGCAGCUAUUACCAAGACACAGCACACACAAACAAAAUAGAAACUCAAGUGUUUGUGUAUCUGUCACAUGGAUCUAAAAUUUCAAAAUAGAAAUGUAUAACUUACUUAGCUGCAGCUUUGUGAGUCUAAGAAAUUUGGAACACGCACCAAAAUAAUGCAGCACAUAGCUUUCAAUUAAGUGUGUUUGCAUGGAAAAAGGUAAAAUACAUUCUCUCAGUUAUUGUACUGUCUGUUUCAUAGGAUGGUCUCUCUACAUUUGAGAGUAGACCCUUUAACCAGGCUGCCUUAGUACCCAAACAAAGCAAAACAAAAAUAAAACUGGCCUAAAGCAUAUGUAUCUUGCCAGUGCUGUGGAACUGAAUAUGUGUUUCCUUCUGAGUAUUAUGGCCUUUACCAAAGUUUUCAACUUAGAUAUAGGGGUCUUCUGAAUUGAUCAUGUUAAGAAAGGGGCUCAUUUGUUUCCAGUUUGUGGUAUAGUAAGAGUAGAGAGAAUUCAAAAUGGAAAUCACAAAUGCUUUUCUAACAGGCUUAACACUAUUUUGUAACACUAAUUGUAGCUUUUCUUUCUCUUAAGAAAUGUCCUUUUGAUUAAUUUUAUUGUAUGUUUCUCAAUAUUUGAAUAUAUUUUAACCAUUUUGUGUUCUAAUUUUUUUUUUUGUCCUAGACGUUUUAUCCAGAAUCAUGUUGCCUCUAUAAUCUGAAACAUGGGUUCUAGAGUGUCUCACUUGCUCUCUCUUAGAGGCUGAGAUAUCAUUUCUCUGAGCAAAGAGCUCAUUUAGCAAUGUAGUUAUUUCAGUAUUUAUUUCUUUUAUGGAAUCCCUGGGGUUCGGAAUGUAACUUUGUACAUGAAAUAUAUAUAAAUAUGUAUAUGAAA